AUGGGUAUGCCAUCGCAGCCGGCGUCCAACGCCAUCAUAUACCUUACUCUAGGCGCCUUUUUGGUCCUGGGAUGCUUCGUCGCAUGGCGGUUGCGACACCAGUCCAAGACUGAGUGGCUGUCUAGCAAUCGCACACAAAAGGGCAUUCCGCUCGCUUUCAAUUUCAUCGCAUCGGCUCUCGGAUCGGGUAUCUUGUUCACGUACCCUCAAAUUGCCACAAUCGCUGGUGUGCAGGGACUACUGGUAUAUGCGCUGUCUUCAUCUCUGCCGCUUUUAGUCUUUGGCGCGCUGGGCCCCAUUAUCAGGCGCAAAUGUCCAGAGGGCUUUGUCUUGACCGAAUGGACCAGACAACGGUAUGGAGCUGUUGCCGGAAUAUUCCUCAGUCUUUGCACGCUCAUCACCAUGUUUCUAUACAUGGUUGCUGAGCUUUCGGCACUCCAGCAGAUUGUCACUCUCCUGACUGGACUGAAUGGGCUUCCAGUGGUCAUUGUUGAGUGUGCCAUUACUACCAUCUAUACCUCACUUGGUGGCUUCAAAGUCUCUUUCGUCACCGACAACAUCCAGGGCGCCAUGGUCAUUGGCCUCAUCAUCCUGGGAGUGAUUGCUGUUGGUGUAGAAACCGACAUUGACCGCUCGUUGAUUGAUCAGUCCGGCUACCUCAAGCCCAGCUUGUUGGGAUGGCAACUCAUUUACAUCCUCCCCGUCGCUAUCCUUACCAAUGACUUUUUCCUCUCUGGAUUCUGGAUGCGCACAUUUGCCUCUCGUACAGACAAGGACCUGUGGAUUGGAGUCUCGCUUGCCAGCAUGGGCAUCCUUAUCAUUCUCACGCUGCUCGGUGUCGGUGGUAUGCUUGCCGCCUGGUCUGGUGCCUACACGAUUGGCGACUCAGCCAAUGGCUCCCUUGCUUUCUUCCUUCUCCUCGAAAAACUACCCGCUUGGGUUGUAGGUGUGGUCCUCGUCAUGACUGUCUCGCUAUCUACCGCUGCGUUUGAUUCUUUCCAGUCCGCCAUGAUUAGCACAGGAAGCAACGACUUCUUCCGCAACAAGCUCAACAUCUGGGUCAUCCGUGGUAUGGUUGUAGCGCUCAUUUUUCCUGUCGUUGUUGUUGCACUACGCAGCCCGGAUAUCCUGCAGAUCUUCCUGAUCAGUGAUUUGGUCAGUGCAGCUGUUGUUCCUUGCCUGGUCAUUGGUCUGAGUGAGAGAUUCUACUGGUACCGUGGAUUCGACUUUGUGGUUGGCGGACUUGGCGGUAUCUUUACAAUCUUCUUGUUUGGACUCGUGUACUAUGACGGCGAUGCCACGCUCGCUAGUAAACUGCUCUUGCUUGAAGGCGGAUUGUAUGCGAAUGACUGGAGCGCAUUUGGUGCUUUCGUAGCUGCGCCGGUUGGUGGCCUUCUCUGGGCUUUUGGCGCUUGUGCCCUUCGCAUCGGCUUCUUUUGGGCAAAGGCCAGGGUUCAGGGCCGUCGCUUUGAUGCCUUUGACCGACCUAUUCCCCGGUCUUUCGACCGACCCGGUGCGUUCGAUAACCACGAUUCUGAUGCUGUGCUGGACGACAGCACUGUCCAGGCCGGCCACAAGGGAACUUUCUUUUAA